GUCUGUCUCUACAGAUUAUAUUUUGUGCUAGAAUUUAACAACCGUACCAAAGCCGCACGCUGUAGUGUGUAUCAUAUGCAUAUGUAGGUUAACUACCCAUUAGUUCGUUAACUUUUAAAUCUCUUUGCACCGAUUUGGUCCUGAAUCAGAACUCCAAAAUUGUCUUUGAUCGUGUUUGAAUGCUGCUUUGGGGUCAUUUUUGGUGGUGGCGCUCCUCUUGUCAAGGCCUCGUGAAAAAUCUUUUGGUCGGUUGAUGAGCAGAGCUGGUGUUCAGAUACAGUUUCAUUAAGCAUAAACGAAGUAAACAAAACUUUUCUAGAGGUUUCUGCAUGGGAAAAGGCCACUGUGGCACCAUCUGCUGUUGGAAAAGCCAAAUUGGACAGUUUUCAAUGGAGGACUCCAUUGAGGUGAUUCUGCAAGACCAUGGAAGAUUCCUUUCUACCAAAAGACCCCAUCCCGUUGUGUCGGCCGGCCUAGGCGCUCUGCUCACAGGCUUGUAUGGAGUAUGGAGCGUGUUUACUAUGCCUGGCUUUCGCAAAAUCCCAUGGAACCUCAAGGUUCCUUAUUUGCCCUCCAGCAAAGAUCAGACGCUGAACGUCAUGAAGCAGCUUGAGGGACGAACUGGUCGCUUGGCAGAUCUGGGAUCAGGAGAUGGGAGAUUGGUGUUUGCGGCCUCUGCUGCUGGUCUUCAGUGCACAGGGUUUGAGAUAAACUCUAUUUUGGUGGCCUAUGCCAGGAGCAAGGCCCGCUGGAAAGGAGUGCCCUCCAGCCAGGCAACCUUUGUAAAAAAAGACUUCUGGAAGGUAAGACCUACAAACUGAUUAUCUGCAUACAAUAAUGUGACAGCUUUCCUUGCUCCGGGAGUGAUGGAUUUGCUGGGUGAGAAGCUGUUGAAGGAGCUUCCCGAUGACGCGCGUGUCAUCGCUUGCCGUUUUUCUUUCCCCAACUGGCCCCAACAUUCGUCUGUCGGCUCCGGUCUCGACCAGACUUUUGCCUAUGACAUCAGCAGCGUGCGCUCACGCCUGGGAAAUGUACCGUACUCAGUGAUGCAAUAAGUCUGAGUCUCUGGGUUAUUUUUGUUUGUUUUCCAGCACUGUCAUUCUCAACAGCACUAAACCCUCUAGACACUUCCGUUUUCAGAGACCAGAAAUUAAUAAAACUGUGUUUUGUAUUUAAAGGGAUACCAGACCAAUGAAAACAGAUUUUUUAGCAGGUAAUUAUAAAAAUGUUUGGGGAAAUAAAUUGGUGAUAUAUCUGUCAUUUAU